CGAGCGAGACGUCCCGCACGUUCCGCCGCUAAGCUAAACGAAUACCAUGCAGGCCAUCACCGCCUCCAACACCAUCGUCGCGCCCAAGGCCGCCGCGCUCACCUCGCGCCGCAGCACCAAGGCCCUCGCCUCCAGGCCCGUCGUCGCCAAGCGCGGCGUGAACGUCGUCGUGAAGGCCAAGGGUCCUCAGAUGGACCGCACCACCGGUUACAUCGGCGAGGACAACAGCGGCAAGGGCAACAUCUUCGCCAUCGAGCCCAAGCAGCUCUACACCGAGUCGCCCACCAGCGACAAGUACGCCAAGCAGGGCCUCGGCGGCAUCCCCGGCGCCCUCCUCGCGCUUGGCAUCGUCGCGGGCGUCGCGUUUGCCACCCAGAACCUCGGCUCCUUCGAGGAGAAGAACAACGAGUUCGCCAACUUCCAGGGAAAGCCCCUCACCUACUACAUCGAGACCUUCAGUAAGUAAGUUUAUGCUGUAUAGAGCGAUGUUGACGGGGCAGAGAGGAGGUUGAGAGUUGGACGGGAGCGUCGGAGUUGAGCGCGAUUGUAUUAUCGGAGUGUGAGCGUUCGAGUCCCUCGAGGGUUGUUGAUAAACAGAGCAGUUAUGACUG